UAAAAAAUUCAAAUGGAUUUUAGCAACUCAGUUUAAAUUACAAAAUAUUUAAAACCUUAAGUUAAAUAUUUUAUUAUUAAUUAUUUUGUAUAAUACUUUUAAGAAUAAAUUGUAACAUGAAGUGCAUUUUUGUAGAGAAAGGUGUAUAAAUACAUGAGUACUUUUAAGAAGUGCAAGAUAAGGCUUCUGUUUUUAGCACCAGACUCUCAUGAUUAAAAAUAGCAGGGCGUGAGAGCCCUGUAACUCCCCCCAACUAACCCACAACCAUCUGCACACCAAGAGUGAACUAAACAAGAAGCGAGAAACUUUUAUUACAAACAAACACACUGGCUAACAGUCUGAAUCUCUGAGAUAACAAACUUCAGAUCAUUUACAUUUAACGUUACAGCCAUUUUGGCAGCUCCUCGCGGGCAACACGUGUGUCAUGAAUACGCCGGUGACUCUUCUAUCUUUCAAAGUAGAGCACUAGGAAGAGAGCAAAAGACGGAUGUAACACAAUGAACCGCGUCGCCGUUUAACGCCUGUUUAACUGGAAUCACAUGUGGUUGUUUUAUGCUUUGGAGGAUUCAUACCUGUAUUUAUUGAUCGGGAUCGGCUCUCAAGCGUACAGUAGCGUGAAAGUCUCUGAAGGAUUUUUAAAGGUUUCUAAUGGGAUCACAAGGGCCAGGACGUAAACGGACCCCCAGCAAAAAUGGGAUGACUGGUGAGGAAGAUGCCCUCAACUUGAUUGCAAGAGAGGCUGAAGCCCGUUUGGCAGCUAAGAGGGCGGCCCGUGCAGAAGCGCGUGAGAUCAGAAUGAAAGAACUGGAAAGACAACAGAAAGAGAUUUAUCAGGUGCAGAAGAAAUACUAUGGGCUGGAUAACCUGGACAACAAAUUUGGGGACAUUGAGCAGUGGAUGGAGGACAGUGAACGGUAUACACGCCUCUCACGGAGACAUGCUUCGGUGUCAGAUGAUGAAGAACGGAUGUCAGUGGGGAGCAGGAGCAGCAUGCGGCUGGACUUGGAUGCUCCUGGUGCUUAUGGCGGGCUUUCCCAGGCCACCUCCUCCUCUCAUUCACAGAAGAAGUCUAAGAAAAAGAAGAAACAUUCUUCCAAGACUAGCAACGGCUAUGAUGAUGAUCUCAGCCCAUUAUCUAGUCGGAACUCCAGACUCAGUGAUGAGAGCAAAAGGUCUCGCUCCUCGAGACUUGAUCUGCAGUCGAGUCUCUACAAUUCUGAACCAUACAGCAGCAGUAAUUAUUCCUCUAAACAUCAAGGCCUCUCCUACAAUGGCUACCAGGGCUCUGUAUAUGAGGACAGUCUCUACAGCGGCUCUCGACGCUCCGUUGCUCGUACUUCAUCUGAAUACAGAGGUUCAAGCUCUAGGACCUCAUCCAGGGCAAAUUCUGCGUGCGGCAGCCCUGUGGAGGACUGCAGCAGUUCAGUGUCUAGUUAUAUACGCAGCGGUAGUAUCAGUGGUCUUUCUAGAGAUCUUGACCAUGUCAUUAUCCCUGACCUGCCGGAUGUUAAUGGAAGACUGUCUAUGACUGAUGACCGGAUAGAGCGUGACUACUUGGAAAAGGGCUCUUCACGAGCAUCCACGAUAUCUGGCGCCACUCUUACCUCUCUGGGUGGGACGUCCUCACGAAGAGGAAGUGGAGAUACAACCAUCACUGCAGACACAGAAGCCUCUAUACGGGAAAUCAAGGAGAUCCAUGAGCUUAAGGAUCAAAUUCAAGAUGUGGAGGCGAAGCACAUGCAGAACCUCAAAGAGAUGAAGGAUUCCUUGUUGGAAGUCGAGGAUAAGUAUCGGAAGGCCAUGGUAUCCAAUGCACAGCUAGACAAUGAGAAAACCAAUCUGAUAUAUGAAGUGGACACUUUAAAAGACUCUUUAAUGGAACUGGAGGAAAUGCUCUCUGAAACACGCCGUGAGCUUGAGGAGAAGAGUAAGGACCUUGAACGAGAGAAGCAUGCACAUAGUAUACUUCAGUUUCAGUUCAGUGAAUUAAAAGAGACGUUGAAACAAAGUGAAGAACUGCUAACUGAAAUCCGUCAGUUACGAAUGAAGCAAGACAGCUUUGUUAGAGAGAUUUCUGACCUUCAGGAAACUAUUGAAUGGAAGAAUAAAAAAAUUGGGGCAUUAGAGAGGCAGAAGGAAUUUUCUGAUGCCAUUCGAAAUGAGAGAGACGAACUCAGAGAUGAGGUCGUUCAGCUCAAAGAUAUUUUAAAGAAACAUGGUAUUGUUCUUGGACCCGAUCUAACCACCAAUGGAGAAACAGGUGAAGAACUGGGACAGGGCGACCAGAAUUCUCAAACAUCGUCUGCUGAGAUCCGAGAGGGCAGUAGUGUACUAGGCACUCAACAGUUGAAGAUCUGUAAAGACCAAAAAGAUUUGGAUGAGGAGGUGCAAGAGAAUCAUGACUCGUUGAUUUCUACAAAGACAUCUUUAGAAACAAAUGACAAUGGAGACCUUAGGGAUGAAGUGAACCAAAGUGUAGAGCAGCAGUCUGAUAACAAACAGUCUGAAGAACCUCCAAGUUCUGUUGAUAAUGAUGAGGUAACUACAACCAGUCCUAUGGUUGAGAUCAAAGCAGAACAGCUUGUAUUGGAAGACUCAAGAGAUAAUACUGUGGAAUCAGAGUGUGAGGUUCACACCGAUGGACCUGUGGAGGAAAAUCAACAAGAGACCACUAUAUGUGCCAAACAUAGUCAGAAAAUUGAAAAAGAAACUUCUGUAGAAUCAGUCUCUGGUCCAGUGCUUGAUGAAAAUCAACCAAGUGAGUCAGUAAGCAAGCCUGUGGAGAAACCUGCUGAAUCAUCUGAAAAAGAGAAAGCUCCACAGACUCAAGGUGCCAGUGCUUCAAAUAAAAAGAGGAGAAAGAAAAAGAAAGGCAAACAGAAACAGAAACAAAAUGAUAAGCAGGAUAGUGAAACAAAGAUAUGUGAUACAAGUGAAAAGAUUUUAAAUGAGGAUAAUCCAGACCAAAAACUGGAAAGUGAUCCAGAGGGAAGCCAUGAAGAGCAACUAGGGAAUGACGCAUCUACAGCAGUGCAUACAGAAGUCCCAGCUGAUUCACAUGACGAUACAAGAAACAUUAAAACAGACCGUGAUGAAAUAAUAAGCAUGGAUACAGUACCUGCAGAUGAUGCUAGAGAUCAGUUUCGAGUAAUCACAGAUGUGGUUGAUUCAGGAGAAACUUCUAACCCCAAAACAGAUUUUGAUUGUCCUGAAUCUGCAACUGUCAACAGUAUCUCUAACCUAACAGAAGUUAAUAAUGACCAAACUAAAGAUUCAACAAAUCUUGCCCAAGAAAUUUCUUCAGACAAAGAAGCUUUACUGUCUCAUGAACUUUCUGAUAAGUCCAUGGAUGCUGUUGAUAGGUGUGUGGAAAAUCUUGAGUCCAGCAGUAUUUCUAAUAAUAUUGAGAAGUCUUUGUUGGUGGAUGACAAGGAAGGGAAGAGCCAUGUGGACAGUGAUGGAGUAGAAGAGAAGCCAAGGAUUCAAAUUAUUGAUCCAGGAGAGACCACUUUCCCUGGAGAUCACGAUGAGUCAGCUCCAAUAUGUCAUUCCUCUUCAUCUGUUAUAGAGAAAGUAGAAAAUGAAUGUGAAAAGCUAAUCCAGGAACAACCAACAAUACCCACUGAUCAGGAGUUGGAAAACAAUCUCCAAAAUACUAUUGAAGUGGAGCAGAAAGAGAUUAAGACACAGACGGAUCAAGCUGAAUUGGUUGAAGAAGCUCUUAUAAUGCCUAGCAGAGAAGUAUUCAGUGGAGACAAUAAUAUAGACACUGCUGUAACUGAAUCUCAGGUUCCAGAAAAGUGUGAAGGUGAGGAAGAAAGAUCAUUGCAUGAUGAGCUUCCAGCUGAGGUUCAAUGUACUGGAGAGAAUGAGGCAGAUCAGGAAUCAAUAGAGUUAGGAGACUCCCACCAUGAAUCCAAGUUAGAAAAAGGUGAGGAUGAGAACAAAACAUCAUGCCAGGGUCAGGUUAUGCUUGAUACACCGCCUGAGGAUAAGGAUAUUAUGGUGGGAAAAGGUGAGGAGGAUGGCAAGAAAACAUCAGUCCAAGAUGAGGUUAUGGUUAAAACGCAACCAACUGGAAAGGUUGAAGAUAUUGUGCUGAAGAAAGGUGAUGAGGAUAUAAAGGAAAAAUCAGUCCAAGAUCAGGUUAUGGUUGAAACCCAACCACCUGGGGAGAAUGAAGAUAUUCUGGUGGGAAAAACUGAGGAGGAUGAAAAGAAAGAAUCAGUUCAAGGUCAGGUUAUGCUUGAUACGCAAGUUUCUAUGGAGGAUAAGGCUAUUCUGGUGGAAAAAGUUGAGGAAGAUGAGAAGGAGAGAUCAGUUCAGAAUCAGGUUAUGCUUGAAACACAACCGACUGAAAGGGAUGAAGAAAUUCUGUUGGAAAAGGAUAAGGAGAAUGAGAAGGAAGGAUCAGUCCAAGAUCAGGUUAUGCUUGAAACAACUGGGAAGGAUGAAGACAUUCUGCUAAAGAAAGGUGAGGGUGCGCAUGAGAAGGAAGAAUCAGUCCAAGGUCAAAUUAUGCUUGAUAAACAACCACCUGGAGAGAACAAAGAUAUUCUGGUCGAACAAGGAGAGCAAGAUGAAAAGGAAGAACCAGUUCAAGAUCAGGUUAUGAUUGACACACAGCUGUCUGGAGAGGAUGAAGGCAUUUUGGUUGAGUCAGUUACAGUUUCUCCAGAGCAGAAGGAAGAAGAGGAGGAAGAUGAAGGAGAGGCAUUUGAUUUUGAUGAAAUGGAUCUGGAAGCAUCAUCAGAAGACCCUUUGAAACAAUGUAAAAAUAAACCAAAUGAAGAAGUUACUCUUCUAAAAGAAAGCAUGCAAGAAGACCAGAUUAAAAAAGAUGGUGAACCUCUGGAACCAAAAAACCAAAUGGAUGAUGGACAAACCAUUCAAAACCCACAAACAACAACAGAGGUAGAAGCUUGUUUAACAGAGGACAGUCAAGUUGACCAGAAAGACAUUGAACCUAAUCAACAACAGCAUGAUAAGUCUGAAAGUAAAGAAUGUACAUUUGAGGAACAUAAGCAAGGAUCAGAAGAACUGAGGCACAAUGAAGGAGCUGAUCUUACCUCAGAAAUAGAGACAAAAAAUGUAGAACAGGAGAAGAAUAGUAACAUUAUACAAGAAGACCAGGAACCAAACAUAUCAAGAGAGCAGGAAGUUGAAAAACCAACAGCAGGGAACGGCAAGGAAGAUGAUAGAAAGGAGUCUAAGAAAAGUGCCAAGAAAGGGAAAGGCAAGGGGAAAGAAGACUGUAAAAUGUCUUAAUGUGCCAUGAAUGUGCUGAUUUGAUUUACACAACAUGUAUUCAACAAGUAACAGUGCACUUACGAAGAUAACCAAUGAUACUGUUGUGAAACUUUAAAGACUUCUGAGAAUCCUGGAAAUCCAUCUAAGUAAUGUCAUGUUAUUUCAUUACAACCGUUUUCAUUGCAAAUAUUUGUGAUAUACAUAAAUAUUUUACAUCAAAACUGCUGAAUGCACUCACAGGUCAAACAGACUGCUUGAAAUUUCAGUCAUUCACACAUCAGAUUCUGGAAGUAAUGAGUAAAAAUAUCAUAUUUAUUUUAUAAUUAAUUUUACAAAAGCUUGUAAUAAAGUGUUUUUUAGAAUGAUGAAUAAAGGUUUUUGUUACUGUUUUUUCAAGUUACCAUCCUGUUGUGUCUGCCAGUCAUGAGUAGCAGUGAGACCUGUCAGCUUUUGAAUUCAAGUGUUUUCCAUUGAAUGUAUGCCAUAAUGUAUGUUGUUUAAUAUGAGGUAAAUAAAGUCUUUGUGUCACUUUA